AUGCCCUUUAUCUCCAUGGACGGUAUGGGUAAAACGGAGACAGACAAGCGAAAGCUAAUCAGAAAAUACGUGAUGCUGGGCAAGAAUCGCGGCAAGACUCAUAAGGCAAAAGCAACAGCACUACCAAAUCCGGAAGGCUCCAAUAUAUACCAAGAUGAGUCGUCAGAACUGGUGAUCAAAAUGCAAUAUCCCAAGGUCCCUGAGAAAGUCGGCAAUGACCUUUCCUUCACACGACUCGCCGCUCCAGUCGAACCAGCGUUGAUGCAGGACGUGCUAAAAUGUGAGCAAACUACCUCGAUGGAUUUUCGCGUCCUCAUUUAG